AUGCUCGAGGCCGAGGGCAAAGCGGAGCGUUUGGAUUGUCCAUGCUGGAGUCGUUGCCCCUUCCUUGUGUUUUUUCCCGUAUCCCGUAUCCGUGCGCAGGAGGGAGCGUGCCCCAAGCUGGACGAGGACAUCCUGGACAUCCCCCUGGAUGAUCCCGACGCCAACGCGGCCGCCGCCAAGAUCCAGGCGAGUUUCCGCGGCCACAUGACUCGGAAGAAGAUCAAAGGUGGAGAGAUGGAGCGGAAAACCAAGGAUGCCGAGUGCUCCGGAGGCGCCCGCGCCGGCGACCUCCGCAACGGCGACUAG